CAGCAGCAAAAAUGAAUGAUUGGAGCUCGAAAAACGCAUUCAUGGCGAUAAUUCAAUCACCAGUGAAAAAGAAGACGAUGAUUCCUCAGCUACUUCUCUCCCUCUCUAUCUUCUCUUUCGUCUUCUCCUACGUAUUUCCUUCUCUGUUAAUCCACUUCUCUGCCGACUUUCACCACUCCAUCUCUGCAAAUUCCUAUCAAUUCCUCACCCAGGCUAUGAACAAAAACUUCCUAUUUCUCCUAUGCAACGGCCUCCUCGUUUUCCUAGCUAAAACCUCAGGCCUAGUUCAGCCGCACCGCCUGCAGGACGACGACGACGCGCCGCCGCAGAAGAGGUUCAUCGGCAGCCAUGGCUUGCAAGCAGUCUUAUCCUUCGAUUCGAGAGAAGAAUUGAAUAGUCUGUUAAUGGAACACGAAUCGAAGGAAUCGCCUGAAUCAGUAGAAGAAGAUGCGGCGGCGGCGGCGCUGAGGACCAAACCACCUCCGGAGGAAACUUGUGUUGUUAAUAUUGCAGAGAGCGAAGAGGAAAUUGAUGCAGAGAAGAACGGAGAUGGAGAUGCAGACGAGCCUGGAAGGUUCUGGAUUUUCGAUGACGACGAUAAUAAUAUUGAUCAGUUUAAUUAUGGCAGACACGACGGCGACGGCGACGAUGACGGUGAAGAGUUGAGUAAGAGGAUUGAAGAAUUCAUUAGGAGGAUGAAGGCGGAGAUCAUCGUGAACGAAGCAGCUGCUGAAUCCACUGACGCCAUUAACGACGACUGAUUAAGCUACGUCUCUGUAAAUUUUUAUUAAUUAUUAUUUUUUAUGUAUUACUAUUUGUAUGACAUUGUCUACGUACAAAUAAUAUUUGUGUGUAAAAUUAUCAUACUUUGUCUUGUAAUGGCACAUAUUGGUUUAAUGAAAAUAAUAAUUACGAUA